CUCGUGCAGCCGCCUGACCACGCGUUACUGGAUGCACGAGAGGCCAUGGAGCGGGACCCCGUCCAAUGAUUAUGCAGGAGGGGAGAGGUUAUAAUGACUUCCUAUCAAAAGUUAACGGUCGAAGGGGAGAGUAUGAGCCCCCUGCUCACGGGCUGCUGCCAAGCCAAAGAGGUCAUAAACCUGGACCCCGAUUGCAGGACUUAUUCUGAACUCUGCGGCCGUGACGAGGAGGGGGAAGUUGCCUCUGGAUUUAACUCUCCGCAGCCUCGGUACUUAACUCUCUCGAACAGUUUGACUCUGUGCUCCUCUUUGGACAGCCCUCCUCCUCUUUCACUCCACUGUGAGACUCUCGAGGGCUUCUCGGCACCGGCCUGCCCCCACUCGCCCCGUGUCCCCUGGCGGCGCAGGGCGCAGGGGCAGGGCUCUCCAGGACGCGGAUACUGCGCAUCAAACAACGACGAGACGGCACAAAGCGGGUUUGGAUCACCCGCAGAGCAAAUUCAAACCUGCUCCUAUAAUGACACAGGGUUUCACGUCGACGUGGGGAGUUCUGUUACUUUGGACUGUAACGCUGCUUUGGAUGUAAACAGAAAAACUUUUGAGUGGAUGAGAGUGAAGAGGAGUCAGCACCGGGCGGCCAGGAUGCACAUGACCUGUGGGCUCAGUAUCAUUGGUCCGGGCCUGGGUGCUGGACACGGAAACCUCUGCUCGGAUGACCAUCCCGCGGAGAACGGCACCCCGAGGACCAGCUUCAGCACAAGGCAGCUGACCGAGCUGGAGAAGGAGUUCCACUUCAACAAGUACCUGACGCGGGCCAGGCGCGUGGAGGUGGCCGGUGUCCUGCAGCUGAGCGAGACGCAGGUGAAAGUUUGGUUUCAGAACAGACGCAUGAAGCAGAAGAAAUUACAGAGAGACGGCCUGGUGAUCUCAGAGCCGGUGCCCGCGGCUGCUCCGCACUCUAACACCAUGGACACCUCCCCCUCUCCUGGACCGUCCUCUCCAAAACACCUGGCCCUGAACUACUGAGCCUGCAGAUGUUUUGAUUCCCGUUUGCAUCGGUUUCAAUCAGGCUGCACCUUUAUUUGGUUAUCACGAUGGAUGGAUGCUUAUCGCGAGAGGCGCGAUGGCAAGUUUCUUCAUGCAAGAACGGGUCACAACAAUUUGUCAUCGUCCCCGGCUUCAGACUGGCGCUCUGAUUUGAAUAUUAAAAUCCGAGUCAUUCCAUCGCGCUCCAUGUCUACACAAUGUAAACUAGGAAACAAAAUAAUAUUAAUUGUCCAUACAAAUGCGGAGGGACUCGUUUAUUUAUUUGUUCUUUAUUCAGGAAGUGGCUUUACUUUUAUCUAUUUAUUCUACAGGGCACGUGCUACCUGUCUUUUGUUUAAAAUAACAAAUGUAUUUACUUAUUUAUUUAAGGGCUUCAUUUGAUCAAAUUUAUUUUAUGGACAUUGGAUUGACUUUUGCAAUUCAUUCUCUUCUUGUCGUUGUAAGUUCUUGGACGAAUUGAUAGCCUAAGUAAUGGAUUUAUUUUUUACAUUUCUUUCUUUUUCUUCUUCAUUUUAAAGUAGUUUGUGUCUUAAAGCUCACAUUAUAGAAAAAGCUAAAUGCACCUGUAACAUAGACAAUUAUCGUGCUAAUUUGGCAGAGCACCAGGGUGCUUAUUUAAUACUUUUUAUGUCCUUUUAUAAACCAGCUUUUGUCCAGUGUUUACAUUUUUCUUUAUCCUCAGUCCCCAAAAGAUUAAAACACCAUGAUUGACUGAUAGAUUUAUCGACCGCUCGUAUUAGGAGUAUUGAUCCGUGGUGAUCCAUCUAUUUAAGGCAGAAAACUGGGAGCGUUUGCAUGCAUGUGUAACUGCACGUUAAUGGAAUGUAGAAACGUCACGAUAGGGAGCUGUUGCGUCUUUUAUUACCGCGAUACAUGCAUCAGAAAAUGAUCAUUUAGCCUGAACACUCAUGCGGGAGGGCAGACAAUAAAACGCUGUCUGUGCUGUUUUGCACAUCAACCAAUAAAUUGCGCGCGUGGCCCCAGCAGCUCGUCAGCCUCAUAUAAAGUAAAUGAUUGUGAACCCGGCCCUUAAACACUGUUAUGUUCCCGGUAUAGCAGUGUGUUUCUGUCGUGUUAAUGUCUAUUCUAAUAUCUAGAAAUGAGCCGUCAGACUAAUUCUAUGAAGGGGAAUAUUGUUGUUUAGCUUUCAAUUAGCAUGGUUUGCACUGGAUAUGAAAGUAAUACUCUUUCCAAAAUGGAUAUUAAUGACAACACAACAUGUAGGUUACAAUGAAGCAACUGGGGAAUGUGGAAAAAUAAAAGCUACAAACAAAAUGAAUUAAUAAGGUCUUUUAAAUCUUAACAGGCGUCCUUGUGCACAUAAAACCCUGCUAAUAAAAUAAUAAUUAGACAGUUGCACCUAUGGGCAUGCAGGCUGCAGGGCAAAGCUAAUAUAUGCACUUACACCAGAGUUCACCUCUCACCUCUUGACCCUUGUCUUGCCUGGAGACACAGAUGACCCGGUCAUCUGCUCACAGAGAGAAAGAUGCACCAUUCAUUUGUGUGACCUCCAAAUCUGCAGCUUUUUCUCUUCCUUUAUUUCUUUUUCUCAUUUGAUCUUUUUCACCAACAACUCGGCAAGCUUUUGUUCCUCUGCUGGCUCUCUGUGGCCACACAAUAAUAUUUCAUCAAGCUGAAUAGAGAGGCGGCCAGGCCAUAUGAUAAUUGUUCAUAUUAUAAUUCCAUACCAGACCUGCAUAAUGCAUUUUUUUCCUUGCGCUAACCUAAUUUUUGCCCUAUCUCUUAUUUUAAUAAGCCAAAAAAUGCUCUACUGUUUCACUUUAUAAACUGGAUGAAAGAGUCUUUUCACACAAUAGGUUUUUUGGAAAUAAACUGCAGCCCUAUUUUUAAUAAUAGCAAAGUUGAAAAAUUAAAGUUACUGGUGCAUACUUAACACUUAAUGUGAUUUCAAGUCAGAGGCAGCAAAAAAAAUAAUAGAGAAACUAUCCAUUAUAUGUCUGCUUCUUAUAAAUUAUUAUGCAUAUUUGGUGCAAUGAUUCUUAGAGAAAUGUAUACAUGUAUCCCUUCCAAACUAUAUAUUUGGAGCUUUUCUCAUUAAUAUUAACAGACAGAUAUGCUUGAAAGUUUUAACUUGCAGGUCUGCAGAAUAGCUUUUGACAGUAUAAACAUUUCAAAGUUUUUUUUUGUAGUUGAUACAAAUGAGUUUACAUGCGUGCCAAACUAAAAACAGUGUUGAGCCCAAUUUAUAUUCAAUUUGCAUUCAAACAAAUAACAUCCAUUAAGGCCGAGUCUCUCUAAACAAAUAGUACAAAGUGGAAUGUUUAACAAAACCAUCAAAUGUGUUCCUCCUUUUAAUGCAAAUAAGAGUGCACUCAUGAAGGUUAUGAGGAUGAUGAUGAUGAAAUGUGAUGACAAGCCUGGGAGUCUAAAAACGGUUUCCCAUGUCCACCACUGUUCCUCCAGAGGAGAGGGGUAGUAUGGCCUUAUUACAAACUCUUUUAUCAUAUUUAGCAAAUUUGUUCCCUUGUUACAGGGCUUUAUGUUACAGGUUGAGGUGUUUGAUGCUUGCAGCAGGUGUGCACUUAAAAAAAAAAUCCAAAAUUACUUUAUCACACUUUCUGCUGUAUAAUAUAUUCACAUAGAAAUACACACUGAUUUAAAAAAGUAACAGUAAAAUCUGCAGAGAAAAAAAAACUUGAUGUGAAUUAUAGGGAUUAGGUGGAGGUGAAAGAAGAGUUGAUUUAUAUUGGGUGAACUAUCACUUUAAUUUCAUCCUGUGGCAGCUUCAACAUUUGCCUCUCAAUUGAUGGAAGGCGAAACCGCAUUGUUUGUUCAGACCUGACAUUUAGCUCCAAAGCUUUUCAGUGUGACUCUACUCUGAUGAAUUUGUGUUCUUCUAUAAUUCCUUCCUGAAGAUGUACGGUUUGUUCACAAGACUGACAGCUGUGCUGCGCUCAUACACAUAAGGUGAAUGAAAGGAAAAGGAAACCAAAAUAACUCCUCAAAAGUUGUCUUCAUCUUUAUUUUUAUUUUUUUCCUUUUCUUCACAGCAAUAAUGUCUCUAUAGAACUGUGUUUGAAAAUCUGCUGUAGCUCCUUUAUUUUAAUCAAUAAGAAACAGUUUUUCUUGACAAAGUAGAAAAGCUUGAAUAUAAUUAGUAAAAGUGAAUUUACCUGCCUCAUUUGUAAAAUUAAAAGAUAUAUUUUAGGUGUCAAACCUAAAGCAGUGAUGUAUUGGUUCAUGAUAAAUGAGCAUAUCGACAGUCUCUGUUUAGGUUUUGUAUUGCUGUGUGUGAGCUUAUGCGGGCAGCUGUUACCGAGGAGCACUGCCUGGCAUGAGCAAUGACAGAAAAUAUGCACCUUACAGAAUAACUUACAUUUACACAUAUAAGUGGGUUCCCUCUGAGAUCAUUGUAAUGAAUGUAUAGUUGACCUAAAAUUAACUUAAUGCAUAAUAUGCAUGUAAUAUGCUCACCGGUGCUCAGGGGAAUGAAUUCAAUUGAUCAAGUUAAGCUCUUUCUAACUCGAUGUGAAGCACUUAUAGAUAGCUAAGUUGUUGUUGUAAUUACACAUCAUUUGAAUGUUCCAUUUCAGCUUUCUGCUCAUCUGAUUUUACUGUUUUUCUUUAUUUGCACAGACUUUCAUGCACUAUUAGUCUUUUUCACUGGGCUCAUUCACAUAUUUGACUACCAAACAAUUUGAGCAUCAAGAAAGUUUAAAUGAAGUGCACCUGUUUUUUUGUGCCAGUAUGUGUACCUAUGUACAUUUGGAUGCCCUGUGUAUACAAUUACACAAAUAUGAGUUUUGUUUCCUAGGUGCUACUAAUAAAGCGCUCAAAAAGAUACAAAGCACCAAUUUGAAUAAUUGUCGAGCAUGUACUCUCACACGCACGCAAAUACAAACCCAUACAUAACACAUUCUGACAACAACAUGCACACCAAUCCCAGUCCUUGCCUCUCCUCUCGUGCUCCACUCCAGGGAGCAGAUG